AUGUUUAGUGUCUCAUCCAAAAUCAGUGGUGGAUGGCUUUUUCCUCUUCCGGGGACGGUGACUUCAGGCGCUCAGGAUGUCCAGCAUUUGUCAUAUCAGUGGAGGCUGUCCUACCAUACAGCCUCUAACAAAACCAGGCUGUCCCAGGCCCCUGGUAAUAGAACUGUUUCCCUUUACACCAAGAAGGUUGGAGAGGCGCCAAAAUCUGCAUGUGGCACGUGCCUAGGCCGACUUCGAACAGUUUGUGCUGUGAGACCUAAAGUUCUAGUGAGGUUAUCUAAAAUGAAAAAACAUGUCAGCAGGGCCUGGCAUGAAUCCAUGUGUGCUAAACGUGUGGCCAUCGAGAGUGACAGUAUCAGGAAAAUUGUUGUGAAAGUAUUGAAGGUACAAGCACAGAGUCAGAAAGCUAAAUAAAAAAAUAAAGCCGUUUUGCUGGCCGGAGUGCC